GGGGGAAGAGUCAGGUUCUUUGCGGGGCGGGGGUGGUGGGUCGGGUGAUGCGGGCUUGUGGUUGAGCGCGGGAUUAUUUGCUGGGCGGGGAGGGGAGCAGCGCGCCGCGCCGCGCCUCGGCCGCCGGUGUAGCGAGUUGGUGGCGGGAGGGAAGGAAGAGCGGCGGCGGGUUCCGCACCUACCGGAGCCCGCACCAUGCUGCAGAGCCAGGCCGGAGCCGGAGCCAGCGACAGCGCCUCGACCGCGGGCAGCCUGCAGCAGGCGCCCCCGCCGCCCCCGCCGCCCGCAGCGCCCCCGCCGCCGCCGGGCAGCAUCCGCAACCGGGAGCGGGAGCCUCCCCUCGGCUCCGCCUACAGCGGCUCGGAGGCCAGCAGCGACGACGAGGAUGACCUGGUGGUGCCCCCGGCCCCGGUUGACAGGCGCGGGGUGAAGCGCAGGGUGUCGGACAUGGAGGUGGCGGCGGCCGGCUUGACCGGACACGACCCGAGCUUGGACUGUGGCGGCGGCGGCCCGGGGCUGGCAGCGGGCAGUGGCGGCGGGGCUUACGGGGUGGUGGCGGCCGGAGGCCCGGCGGCGGCGGCGGCGGCUGGGCUGAAACCCGGUAAGAAGACGCGCGGCAGGGUGAAGAUCAAGAUGGAAUUCAUCGAUAACAAGUUGAGGAGGUACACGACUUUCAGCAAGAGGAAGACGGGCAUCAUGAAGAAGGCGUACGAACUUUCCACACUGACGGGCACACAGGUGCUUCUCCUGGUGGCCAGCGAGACAGGGCACGUGUACACCUUUGCCACCCAGAAGCUGCAGCCGAUGAUCACCAGUGAGACGGGCAAGGCGCUGAUACAGACGUGUCUAAACUCCCCUGACUCCCCGCCACGCUCUGACCCCACCACGGAUCAGCGGAUGAGCGCCACUGGCUUCGAGGAGACUGAUCUCACCUAUCAGGUAUCGGAGACUGACAGCAGCGGAGAAAACAAGGACGGACUGAAGCCCACCACCUUCACCGUGACCAACGUCCCCGGCUCGAAGGGGGUCAACCAGCUGGCGUCCAACACCUCCACCAACCUGCAGGUCAGCACGGGCCACAGCUUCCCCAUCACCAACUACCUGGCUCCCGUCACCGCCAUCACCAACAGCAACGGCACAGUCUUCAAACCUGCCGUCACCGGCACCUCUGGCAGCAUGGUGCAGAUCCCCAGUGGGUUCACCCUCAUGUCAGGCACGUCACUGCCAGGGACGCCCUCCAUCCCGAUUGGUCAGUUGCAGCAGCACUCACUGACCAUCCAGGGUCAGCAGGGUCAGAUGAUGAGCGGUCAGUCGCAGCCGGGACAGCAGACGGUCUUUCGCUUCCCAGCGUCCACGGGCGGUCAGAUUGUCUCCAUCGCAGGAGGUGCCAUGGCCCAGCAGGUGCCCGUCCAGACCAUCCAGCUGCACCAGUCGCCAGCGCAGGUGAGCGUGCACCAGUCCACGCAGCACACGGCCACCAUCAGCGACAGUAACUCCGAGAUCUCUCAGGCCUCAACCAGCGGGACAAUGACGCUGCCGGCAACAAUCGUGACUUCGUCCGCACCCACUUCGAUGGCCAGCCACGUGAUGUACCCGAGCCCCCACGGCACGGUGAUGUACACCACCUCCAGCCCCGGCCUGUCAGAUGGACUCGCCGUCCUCAACGCCUUUUCGCAGCCCUCUUCGGGGAUGCAAGUGUCGCACAGCCAGAUGCAGGAACAGGGUGGUGUACCACAAGUUGUGUUGACUGCUCCCACAGGCACUGUCCAAAUCCCACUGUCAGCCGUCCAGCUCCACCAGAUGACAGUGAUUGGCCAACAAUCCAGCACUGGUAGUCUGACUGAGCUUCAGGUGAGCAGCCUGGAAACCACACACAGCAGCAAGCUGGCCCAGAACGACUGACGACUCCUGGCCAGGACUCGAGAGGAGCACCAUCUAUUUAAAAUAGAAACUGCCUGCUAUAUUUAUUUAUUUUUGCCUCUCCCUCUCCCUCAGCCCUGCUUUAUUCAGAAAGAAUGGAUGGAGCUUUUUCUAAAUCAAUGUGAAAUUAUUGACUGCCUGAGGUUUAUCUUUUUCAUAAUUGAAAGCGAUUUGCACGCAGUGGACCCACAUCAGGCUUCAGCCAAAGAUUCACACUCUGUUGUGAAGGCCGUGUAAAUACAACCUCACUCCUCUCCCUGCUCCUUGGAGGAACAAAGUCUUCUUCCAAACUUUGUUGCAAAUGUGUCUGGGUUUGUGGCGACUCAGCUGUUAGCUGCGGAUUUUGAAUGUGGCUGGGUGGCGGUGUGUCCAGGGCCUGGAUCUGGCUCUCUGGGAUUCUUGGUGCCUGCCCUCUGGGCGACGGUUUAAUUUUAACUUUGCAGGAUAUCAUGGCACUAAAGUUUCCACAACUAUUUCUCCAACAAUUAUUUUGUUAUUAUAUUUGUACUGAGAAUAAAAUUGUUGGAGGGAUAUGUGUGUGUGUAUAAUAUAUGUAUGUUUCUGUGUGUAUAUAUAUGAAAUAUACACAUAAUAUACACAUGCACACGCGUGUUCACAUAUACCCACACACACACACACACAAGUAUUUAGAAUGUGCUUUUAAUGGAGAUUAUAUGAAUUUUGAUUGGCAAUUUGUAUUAAAUUGGUUGACCUAUUGGAGUGGCCGUUUGGGGGUGGGACAGGUGGGGGAACAGAGUCAGUGGUCUCAACUCUGUGCCGGAGUGUGAGGAAUAAGCCACUGACUGUUGCCGAUGGCUUCCGGUGACUCAGGCCCGGCUGGAAGAAGCAGUCGAGUACACAGUACAGCAGCAGCGAUCGGAUUGGUCGCACGCUCCCAUUGUUGGAUAGGGGCAGGAUCAGGAUUGGUUACUCUCUCCCCAUUGCUGGAUAAGGGGCAGGAUCAGGAUUGGUUACUUUCUGCCCAUUGUUGGAUAGGAGCAAGAUCAGGAUUGGCUACAAGCCUUCCCAUCUCCCCCACACCCAACAGCAGUCAGGUAAAAGCCACAAUGAGAUUGGCUGUAACAUCGAUGUACAGAGGGAUCUUGGGGUCCAAGUCCACAGCUCCCUGUAAGUGGCCACGCAAGUUGAUUGGGUGUAAAGAAGGUGGGCUUGCCUUUAUCAGUCGAAGCAUUGAGUUCACGGGUCAUUAAGUUGUGUUGCAGCUUUAUGAAACUGGCGAGGCGGCAUCUUGGAGUAUUGCGUUCAAUUCUGGUCGCCCCUUUAUAGGAAGGGAUGUGGAGGCUUUGGAGAGGGUGCAGAAGAGGUUCACCAGGAUGCUGCCUGGAUUAGAGGGCAGGUGCUCUAAGGAGAGGUUGGACAAACUUGGGUGGUUUUCUCGGGAGCAGCGGAGGCUGAUAGAAGUUUAUAAGAUUACGAGAGGCAUAGCUAGUGUAGGCAGCUGGUAUUUAUUUCCCCAGAGUCAAAAUGUCUUGUACUGGAGGAAAUGCAUUUAAGUUGAGAGAGGGAGAGUUCCAAGGUGGCGUGCAGGGCAAGUAUUUUACAGAGUGGUGGGUGCCUGGAAUGUGCUGCCAGGGGUGGUGGUGGAUGUAGGUACGAUGGAGGCCUUUAAGAGGCUCGUAAACACAUGAAUGUGCAGAGAAUGGAGGGACAUGGACCAUCUGCAGGCAGAAAGGAUUAGUGUAAUUAGGCACCAUUGGCUUAAUUAGUUUGGCCCAACGUGGUGGGCCGAUGGGGCUGUCCCUGUGCUGUACUGUUCCAUGUUCUAAUUCCCCCCGCUGUCAGAAGAGGGCAGCAAUGGGAUUGGAUGCAGCUCCUGCCCGGCUGGAAAGGAUUAGUAUUGGCUGUGUUUCACCCCGCCUCUCACACUUUAAGGAAAGGAGUAACAUUAGGGUUGGUUGCAGUGCCUCUUGUUGGCAAGGGCAGGAACAAGGUUGGCUGUAAAGUUUAGUGCUGUCCCCUGCUGCCUCAGCUCCUGGAUGUAGAACGACGGUUCAGUAUUCUGAAGUCCGUGAUUCUGGCCCUUGUGAGAGGGAAGACCCUGGGUUGGGUGAGAGGGAAGACCCUGGGUUGGGUAAGAGGGUGGGCACUAACACAGACCCCUCGGCGUGUGAGAUGUUGACCACGAUUGGUAUCAGUUUCUGGAGGACUGGUGGUAGCUGGCUUGGUGGUCCUGGGGCGAGCCCUGCUCCCUGUUUCAUGGUUAGCUGUGUGUGAACUGGUGUUAAAGCCGAUCAGAAUGGUGGGCAGGGAAGUUGCUGCUGCUGUGCAGCUUGUGACCUGGGGUCAUUCACCGUGUGGUGAAGAGGGAGAGGUGAGGUCAACCCUUCCUGACAAGGCUGCUGAGCAGCUACUCCAGCGUGUCCCUCCCACCCCCCAUCACAACAUGCCUGUGGGGGUAACUCUUCGCUUCCGUGCACCCACUGCCCAAGAUGCCAGCCUUGACACCGUGGCCACUGACCUGUUCCUGGCCCCUGACCUUCCCUGCCUUUCGUGGCUCCUUCAGUGAUUGGCCCAAUUGCAAGCUGCUGCUUUUUUGUACUUGGUGCUAUGAAGGGAGGCGUUUUCAUAGGAAGCGGCCACUACUUUUUAUAAAAUGCCUUGAAAGAGAGAGUUUAUUUUUAUAGGUGUUUAUUCAGUAUUUAUGUAUUACAGAGAAGAUGAGAAAAACACUUGUAAAUUGUAUUGCAGUUUUUAUGUGUACGAGUUUGUAUCACGCGGGGCAGGGGAGGGCAGGGAGGGCUGUGUGUUUUUUUUAGAAUUUUUUCACAGUAUAAAACUAUUGCCAUGGGUUGCAGUUAAAGGAGCAGGAUGUGUUACUGAGUAGACGGUUCCCAGACAUGCCUGGUUUUGGUGUGAUUUACACGGUGAAAGCUUUUUUUUAAAAUAAAAGAAACAAAUUUUUAUUGUUUGUUUUCGUUGUGUUUGGAUUCCGUUUAUUCUUUGUAAGAUUUGUGUAUACAAAGAGUACUGUGUACAGAUGCAGAAUAAAAAUGCCCUUUAAAUAAAUGUAACAAAUUGUGCAAC